AUGAAGUUUACAAACCUUGUUAUUUGCUUAUUUUCUGUCGCUUUGAGCCUAGUGUCAGCACAACAAACGGUUCAAAGUGGCGCAAGCACAAAUGCUGUCAUUUCACAAUAUGGCAGUACAUUUAAAAAUGCCGGUGGAAGUGUUCUUCAUGAUAAAGUCAAUGUGUACAUUAUUUUUUACGGCAAUUGGUCUUCCACAGAAGCUCAGCAAGAACAAACUAUAUUUAUGAAUUUCAUCGAUAACAUUUCAUCCAGUCCUUGGUUCAGCUUAUUGAAACAAUAUACAGACAAGAACGGAAAAGCUGUUACGGGUCCUCUCAAUUUAGCUGCUGCUGUCAAUGACGCUGGAAGUCAUACACUCAACUUGACAAACACAAUUCACAAGCAAAUUGUCUUGGAUGCCGUCAAUUCAGGCUUUCUUUCACCUGUCAACCGUUUGGAUAGUAAUGGCAUUUACAUCAUUAUGGGUGGCCCAGAUGUGUCAGACAACGAUUUCUGUAAGGUUAAUUGCGGCUACAAUGGUUACAGUGAUGAAUUUCAAUACAUGUUUAUUGGCUAUCCCGGCAUUUGUCCUGAUACAUGCAUUCCUUCAGUCAACAAAGCUUCAUCACCCAACAACUCACCUGCCAUGGAUGCCGCCAUCACUAUUUUCUCCCAUGAAAUCCAAGACAUCUUGACAGAUCCCAGAGGCGAUGGUUGGGAAAUUCAAAAUAGCAACGUUACAAUUGAAUUGGGUGAUUUCUGUUCUGGACAAGGCACCAGCUCAGAUCAAUUCGGCAACAUUACCCAAUCCAGCACGGGAUCAUACAACAUUGAAGUCAACGACCGCAAGUAUUUGGUUCAAACUGUGUUGGAUCUCUCAGCACAGCAAUGCAAACUUGGAUAA